AUGCGUGCGCUGCCUACCCCACAUGAAUUCGUCGCCCCGGGCUGCCGCGUGACCGCCGUCGCCUGCAACGACGACCACUGCUCCGCGGCCUUCAGCCUGCCGCGGUCGAGGCCCGAGGUGGUCGUCUGGCGGGCCGACGACGAGACGACGUCCUACGUCGCGCCGGAGUCGCGAACCGUGACGGCGCUGGCGCUGCCUCCCGAAAACUGCGCGACGGUCGCCGUCGGCGGCGGCGACGACGGCCUCUUCGCGAUCGUCGACGGCCGGGCGCGGCGCCUCGCCAUCAAAUGCGGCGAGGCGCCGGGCUGCUGCGCCUGCGACGCGAGCGGCGCGGCCGUCGCCGCGGGCGUCGGGAAGGUGCUCGAGGUCGCGAAUACUUUAGAUGGGCGAAAAAUAGUGAGCUUUGAGGGCCAUCGAGGACGCAUCACGGGCUGCGCGUUCAGGGAGGGCGGCGGGCCCUUCGUGGCGACUUGCAGCGAGGACCGGUCCUUUCGGGUCUGGGACCUCGAGGGGCGGUGCUGCGCCGUCGAGUCGAGCGUGCUCUGCGCGCCGGCGCUGACGUGUCUGGCCUUCGCCGAGGACGGCCGCGUCGCCGUUGCGGCGGCGGACGGGCGCGCCUGGGUCUGGCGCACGCGCGACGGCGGCUGCCGCGAGGACGUCGCCGUGGACCUCGGUUCCUCGAAACGGUCCUCGGAGGAGGCCAAGGACGACGACGCCGUCUACCCGCUCGCGCUCGGCUUCGACGGCGCGACGCUGCACGUGGCCGCGUCGUCGAUGACGCUCGCCGUCGACCUCGUGUCGCGGGAGGUCGCGGCGACGCGCGGCCUCGACGCCGCCGCGGCCGCGAGCGUCGCCGGCGCGCGGUGCUGUCGCGCGCUCGCCUUCGAGGCGACGGUCGUCGCGGGCGUCCUCGCCGCCGGUCCAUCAAAUGUGGAAGCGGGGCCCCUCUCGUUCUUCGCGACGCACGCCGUCCCCGACGCCUCGCCCCUGCGCAAGGACCUCGCGCUGCGCAAGGCCGAGAAGAAGGUGUUGGCGGCCUACGACAACCAGAAGAAGGCGCCGCGGCCGAAGAAGGGCGCUUUGGUGGAUAAGCCCAUCACCUUCCACUCGCGCAUCAAGUCGUCGGGCUACGGGCCCGGCAAAGCCCAAAAGAAGCAGGCGCGCGCGCCGCCGCCGCCGCCGCGCCGCGAGGCCGCGGUGCUUUCUGGACCGCCGCACGUCCACCAGCCGCAGCACGACGGGCCCGUGGAUACGGAUAAGCGGUCCGUCGUCCACGCGGUCUUCGCUCCUGAUGCGAGAUCAAUAGCCGUCGCGACGGUCGGCGGCCCUCCCGUUGUGGUUCGCACGCCCGUGGCGAAAUACAAAAACACGGACCUCGCGCGCUGUGCGUUGGGUGUCGACGAUGCCACGCAUGUGGACAUAUCUAGGUGUGGUGGAUACAUCAUCGCCUCGGGCGGCACGGUGGCCCCGCAGAUCUUCCCCGCGCCCGGUGCGACGACGCGCCACGUCGACGCGCCGGCCUGCCGCCUACCGAGCGGCGCCUCGGGCUUCCGGUUCUACUACCUGGACCGCUUCGUCGUGGGGCCGGACGGCGGUAACGUGGUGCUCGACGCGGUCGCGCUGGAUUCGAACCCGGACCGCUGCCGGGCGAAGCGCGUCCACCGCUUUUCGAGUGACGCCCAGCGCGUCGAAUGCGUGGCGUGCCUCAACGACCGCUACUCGCCGCUCAUCGUCGCGGCGGCCUCGGACAGGGCCGUGCGGGUCCUCGACGCGGCCGCGGGCCGCUGCGCGCGCGAGAUUGUGGAUGCGCACGCGAGGCCGCCGCACGCGCUCGCGGCGCCGCGGUCAUCAGAGAACGACGUCUUCGCGUCGGCGGCCGUCGACGGCGUCGUCGCGCUCUGGGACCUGCGCUCGCAAAACGCCGUCGCGCGGUUCUCGGCGCACGCUUGCCGGCGCGACCCUACCACCAUCGCGUUCUCGCCGUGCAUGCGCUACCUGGCGACGGGCUCCGAGGACAAGGCGGCCUACGUCUACGACGUGCGCCGCGCUGGUGCCGCCGAGGACGCCGUCUGGAAGUGCCGCGGCGCUAGAGAGACCGUCGCCUGCGUGGCGUUUUCGCCGCUGCACCCGCAGCUCGCGACGGCGGGCUUCGAUGGAUUUUUGCGGUUCUAUACUUGUGCGGACUAAGGGAUGG